GGAAAAUUACAGAGCGCGUGAAAGGAUCACAGUGCGGAUCAAACGGACCGGUCUGUGAAAAGUUCAUGAAACGCGCUUGGGAAAUAUAGGCAAAAGAACCUAUGAAAAAAUUACAAACUGCCUAGUAAAAAUUUCAGACAUUGUUUCAAGAAAAAAAGUGUGAUUGUGUAUUCUUCGAUCUAAAUAAAAAAAUAAACACAGGAAAUAAACGGCUAGUCAGCUUCUCGUGGCGCCAUUUAUUUGCAUAAUUAAAGCCAUUCGGUUAGAUGGUGGGCGAGAUUAGGAGUGCCUUGGAUGAUGGCAGCUUCUAAUUAGCACGCAUACAGCACAAGAAAGAAGUAAUCGGUCUGCAAUGAUGCAGGACACCGGCAGUCAAAUGGGCAAGGCCCACUUGCAACAUCGGGUUCCUCUGAACGAGACGGUCCUGAAGGACCAUCACCUCACCAGCACCGACAUAGAAAAGUUCGUAAAGCUAUGGCAGGAGUUCCAGAAGAACAUGACCGCCCAGGUGGACGAGUGCCAGGGGUACUGUCAGGGGGAAAUAUACAACUGGUUGCGAGCCUACAACAGCAUCCAUGGAUACGUUUCGCUGAUGAUUUGCGUAUUCGGGACGAUAGCAAACAUAUUGAACAUAAUGGUGCUGACCAGAAAGGAAAUGGCCAAGACGCCCAUAAAUAACAUUCUCAAGUGGCUGGCGGUGGCCGAUAUGUUUGUGAUGCUGGAAUACAUACCCUAUACGUCGUAUCAGUACAUCUACAUGGGGCCAGGUGAAAAGGACUUGAGCUACACGUGGGCGGUUUGUCUGCUGGUCCACAUGCACUUCACCCAGAUUCUGCAUACGAUUUCCAUUGGACUGACUGUGACGCUGGCGGUGUGGCGCUACGUGGCCAUCAGACAUCCGAACGGGGGCUGUGCCAACUUCCUGCUCGCACAUUCCCGGGAGGCGAUCCUCCUGCCCUUCAUCCUCUCGCCGAUCCUCUGCCUGCCCACGUACUUUGUGUUCCAGGUGCGGGAGACCUACGACGUGGACAAGGUCAACUCGGAGGCCCUCUACCACGUCUACUUCGAUAAGGACUCGGUGCUCUACAGAUUCAACUUCUGGAUACAUUCCGUGCUCAUCAAGCUGCUGCCCUGCGGCAUCCUAAUUGUGAUCAGUGCAGUACUCAUGCAUGUCUUGUGCGAGGCAUCGAGGCGCCGCUUGAAGCUGAGGGACUACAACAAUCCAGCCAAAUAUGCCAUCCAACCCAAUCUGAAUGAGACGAAAUCCAAGAAGCCGCCGCGCUGUGAUCGCCGAAACGAUCGGACCACGCUUUUGCUGGUGGCCGUGCUGGUCCUGUUCCUGAUCACGGAGUUUCCACAGGGACUACUUGGCCUGCUGUCCGGGGUGAUGGAGAAGUGCUUCUUCGCCCACUGCUAUCCGCCGUUUGGCGAGCUGAUGGACCUGCUGGCCCUGAUCAACGCCGCCGUGGGAUUCGUGCUGUACGGACUGAUGUCGAAGCAGUUCCGCACCACCUUCCGUUCGCUGUUCAUGAAGCGGCACUUUGGCAGCACCGAAAUGACCAGGCUAACACGUGUUACCACGACUUGCGUCUAAUUGUGUGUGAAUCAUGGGUUGAAGUAGCUGAGGGACAUCCAAGAUGUUCUUGUGCGGCCCGGGAUUUGCGUUUUCUAAACCACAAACUUUAUAAAAGUUUCGUUAUCUUGAGUAAGAAAAUACGAGAAACUGUGUGUGGGAUUAGUGUGCGGACUCCACAAGGAUUUACUUUUAGCUAUAGUACUAAGGGGUUGACUGGUGCAUCGAUCGGUUAGAAAUUGAUUCUGCUUGUGAUCUGGCUGUUUCGCAAAGUGCCAUUUCGUUUCCAAAUAAUUACAUUACGUUUACAUUCAUUAGUUUGCCAGUUGGUGUUUCAGAUUCGUCUUAGUGCAUAAGUUUCAUAGGCUAAGUCAGUGCGCGUUGUACAAAUACGAGACAUUUACUUUUCCAUAAGGUGUAAAAACAGGAAUCCAUCAGCAAAACCACAAAACCACAAAACAUUAACUGGCUAAGAGGACUGCAGAACUCAAUGAGCCCCGAGUUGCGCUCUCUUCUUAGCUGGAAUUCUAUAUUGAUUGUAUGGCAUUAACUGGUAUUCAACAAGGUGCGCGUGCAUUUUACAUUGGCCAAUUGAAUACCCAAUAUUUUGAAUACUUUUUAAGUCGCUUAUACGGUUUAUAAAUAAAUGUGAACACUUUCAAAA